GUAGAUAUAUAAAAGCAGUGCAGCCCGAACGACUGAAAGGGAGGUAUGCCAGAGAAAUUGAUCUGUUUUAUUGUCCAGUAUCCGAAUGUCUGUGAGAGAUGGAGUGGAAACCAACAAAGUUCUUCGAAUCAGUACCUCGAUCGAAACCCUACGCGCUUUUGGUUCUGAACCAGCCUAUCAACCCCAAUGCGUAUAAAAUAUUGAAGCAGCAUGCGUCGUUUACAAUCUGCGCUGAUGGCGGCGCGAAUCGCUUUUAUGAGCUCAUGAGGAAAAACGGGACGGAGUCCACGGAGCUUCCAAAUGCCAUCGUGGGUGACUUAGACUCUAUUCGUCCAUUUGUACGAAAACAUUACGAGAAUCUAGGUGUCCCAGUGCUUGAAGACCCAGACCAAUAUUCCACAGACUUUACCAAGUGCCUACGACAUCUAAAAUCCAACAUUAGGACCAUUGUAUCCUCAGAUAUAUCUCCAGGGCCUCCCCAAUCCACAGCGGAAUCUGAGGUUCAGGACAACGGAACCGAGCCGCAUCUAGACGUGCUCGUGCUGGGCGGCCUAGGUGGCCGUGUCGACCAAGCAUUCUCUCAAAUCCACCAUCUCUAUACCGCGUCUCAAUCGUCCCUGUCUGCGGCUGAUAAGCCCGCCGGAGAUUUGUACCUGAUUUCAGAAGAGAGCAUUACAUUUCUGCUUCCGGAAGGCAAAAGUACCAUCUUCACGCCUGGUGGCAACUCGCUGGAAGCUGAAUCUCGUUGGAAAGCCCCAACUUCAAUACCCGGAUCCCAUAGCGCUUUAGAUGGAGAUAAGCCCAUCUCAGAAUGUCCAGAAAAAUGCUACCUAUCGGAAAAUGUUGGCAUAAUACCUGUUGGUGGACCUUCUGUGAUAAACACAGAAGGUUUAGAGUGGGACGUGCAUGACUGGAAGACAGAAUUUGGCGGGCAAGUCAGCACGAGUAAUCAUAUUCGUGCCGAUAUGGUUGAGAUUAGGACGACUGCGCCGGUGUUAUUUACUGUCGAGUUAGCAGAUUGGUUGAAGUUUCAUGGACGGGUGUGACCUUCAUUUAAUGACUAGCAGUCCUUGUCAUUUCGAAGCGGGCGAAUAAAUGCAACAUCCUAUGUACUAACCAUAUAUCUCUUUUUUUUCCGCUGAUUUGUCAGUGGAGAGAAGGUUGAGACACUGUCGGUAAACAACCCGCGAACCCGAGGAGCAUCAGCAGGUUUCUUCUUUUUCA